GUUUCCGGGGAGCCGUUGCGUUUUCUGAGAGCCCUAAAGGCCUGCUGCGUGAAUCAGGCCGUCGUGCUUCUCGCAGCCGCGUUAGUCUCCCUCUAGCGGCCGGUUGACCUCAGCCCACACCGCUGCUUUGUCCUAAUGUGGCAGCGGCGCCAAAGCAGCAGGCCUACGCGGGAAGGCUUAAACGACAAACAAGGCAAGUAAGAGCGUCAGCCGCGCCCCCACCAACGCACACAGCCGCGCGACACAACACAGUGAAUGGACGGUUUUUUUACAGGUAACACAAUCAUGGAACAGAUUGUGCAGGGGUUUCUGCAGCCUGAGCAGACCAGAGUCACUGGAUGCGAAGCUGAACUACAAGAGCUUAUGCGCCAGAUUGACAUUAUGGUUAAUCAGAAGAAGGCAGAAUGGGAGAGACAAACCCAGAGCCUUGAAGUUCGACUGGAGGCACGAGAAAAGGAAUUGAUUAGCACACGCUUCUCUCUUGAUGCCAAAAACCAUGAGGCAGGAAUUCUGAUCCAGCGCUUGGAAGAUAUGGAAAGAUCAAAUCAAGAGAUUGUUUUUAAAUAUGAAGAAAAGGUCAAUGUGUUGCAAUCAGAACUAGAAAAACUGAAGUACAGCUAUGGGAAAUUGCAACGUCAUCAUUCCAAAAGAGCAAGGGAAGCCAGCAAGGAACUGGCUGAUGAUGAAAUUGACAAGCUAAAUAAGAAACUAGAGGAAUUUAGAGCCAAGUCCAAAGAAUGGGACACUCAGCGGGCAAUGUACCAGAUUGAACUGGCCUCCCUGGAGGAGCAACGCAGAUCCUUAAGCGAAAAGUGUGAAAUCUUUCAGAAAUCCUUUCAGAAUUAUCACAGCAGGCUGUCAUAUCUUCAGCAGCAAAAAGACGUAACAGAACCUCCUCGGAAUUCAGGUGCUUCUCCGGGGAGAUGGGGUUUCCUAGACUUGCCACAAGAGGCCAUCCCCACUGAAGACCUAAAGAGUACUGUUCAGGAGUUAACCACAAAGAGAAGGGAGCUUCAGGAAGAGAAGCAGCGUCUCCUGCUUGAUCUGCAGCAGUCUCGCUCUCUCAGACAGAAAGCAGAAGAAGAACUCUCAGAGGUUCGGUUAGAGCUCCAGUCACGUGGUAAUCUUUUAAGGACAUCAGAACAGGAAAAUGCAGUCUUACGAAAGGAAAUUGCCAAAUUACAGGAGCAGCUGGCUAGAAAUGAAGACAGCUACAGGUCAGAGGAGCAAAACUCUAAGCACCGGAUGUCUACUGAGCUGUUAAACCUGAAGCUUGCCUUGGAGAGCUCUGAACAGCAGCUACAGAUGAACCAGAAAACCGAGACCAUAUUAAAAAGUGAGAUCACACAACUGCAAGCCAGGUUGGAGACGUCACAUUCACACUGUAUGCAACUCCGAGACACUCUCAUAAGGUCAAAGAAUGGCCUGGUAUUUGUUGAAGAGGAAAAAAACAAAGAAAUUAACAAGCUUAAGGAAUCACUGCUGCAGAUGGAAGCUUGUCACAGUUCAGAAAUGCGACAGUUACAAGCUGAAAUGACAGAAGUGAGGGAAGCUCUACAGCAGAAAGAAAUGGCCUUGGCAGAAGUUAUGGAGAAAGCUUCCCACCUUGAGGACAAGCUGCUGAAAUGCAAAGGGAAGCCAACAGAAUAUCAGGUGGCCAUGAUUCAGCUUCAUGCCCUCACGGUGGAAAACAAACAACUGAAGGAGCUAAUUGGCACCCUGGAAGCACGAACCGGCUCGAGUUUGCACAGACCCAAUUCAAAACUAAAGAUGGAGACGGUGAGAUUUGAGGAGGAAGUUUUAACAGAACCGAAAGACCUGGCCCAACAGAAGGUGCAGCAGGGUUCAGCUUUUCAAUACUUGGAGGAGCAUGUCAAAGGGAGUGGCGAGUUUCUCCCACAACAGAAUGGAAACAAGCCACAGAUAAUAACGCCAGAGCCACAAGUCGUGCUUGACAGUGAUGAGCUUGACCAACAUAAACCAUCCCAGGCCUUGUCACCUCACAAUCCUCCAGAUGAGCCCUUUAGUGAUCUCUCGGUAAAGAUUGAUGGUGUAGAGGAGAGGCCAGCCUCCAGAAGGGGUACUUCUGCUGUGCAUGACAGUGAUUUUAUUGAGGGGGAUUUGUCACAUGCUUCUGUGUUUGAGAAUGUACUGAAGUCUUUACCGACUGAAGAGGAAUUCAUGCUGCUGGCCCAGGGUCAGAGCAUUCAAGCAGUGGAUCGUUUUCUUCAGGAGGAAGACCGUCGCACAAAGGAACUGGAGCAGCUCUUCGAUUUCUACAUAAACGAGAUGGGUGAUAGCACCCAUCAGGCAGUGCAGUGUUGCCUUAAACCUAAGUUGCUAUGACAGGUUUGCUAAAAAACCGACCUGUUAGAUGUUACAGCAACAACCAAGGUAGACCCACAACCGAAAGGUGCCUUCGAUCCUCAGAUACAGUAAGCAAGUCCUGGAAUGUUCUGGUAAUGUGUGGCCAUGACAGCUUCUUCACAAGUCGUUGGGGGAGCGGGGGGAUUGCAGUCAUGUAUCUUUUGCAUACAUUGGUUACAUUUUAGCAAAAAGGACUGUAGAUUUUAAAAAAAAAAAAAAAAACUUUAUAUAGUAGGAUAGAUUAUUUAAAAGUUGAAGAGAGUGUUAUUUAUUUUUUUUAUCAAUUUGUAAAUUUUAUAAUUUAUUGACCGGUGAGUUUUUACUGCAUUCUUUCACUUUACACCACUUUGUGAAUGUCUGUUGGUUUUCAAAAUAAAGUAAACAAAUAUUCUUUGUCCAUUUCGGCGUA